CCAGACUUCAAAGCCACACAUCUUCUCACCGAGGUGACUGUGGAUGGCCAUCCACUAUCCCUUAUACAGGCCCAGAGAAAUAAAUUGAAUGAUGAGCUGAUUAUUGCUGGUAGAGCAGGACAAGUGAUGAGAGCUGCAUCUCUUCUCAACAGUGGAGCUGAUAUCCAGACUGAGGACCGGUGCAUAUGGACUCCUUUGAUCUUGGCCAGUCAGUAUGGUCAUCUCAAGUGGUUCGUCUUCUGAUAUCAAGAGGAGCCCAGCUCAACC